AUGGAAGGAAAAUCAAGUAGAUAUGAAAUCCACACUCCAGUUUCUGACAAGAAAAAGAAAAAGAAAAAAUAUUCAGUAGAUAAGGAAAGAUACCAGAAGUGUUCUGGUAAAAAUUUCAAUGAUUACUGCCAGGCAAAUGAACAAGCUCAUAUAACUAAAAGCAAAAAGAAGAGAAAAGAUAAACAGCAUCUCAUUUCUUCUCCUUUAAACAGAGCAGAAAUUUCUGACAAGACUGAAAAAGCUACAUCAACACUCAAAAAGAAAAAAAAGAAGAGAGAAAGUGAUUUAGGGGUAGACAAAAAAACAGGUGUUGGGUGUGUCCUUGUGAAUAAAGAAAAUAUUGAGAGCACACCAAAGAAUUUUAGAAAGAGCAUCAAUGUUGUUUAUGUUGAUAUGAGCAAGGAACAAAACUCAGCAAAAGAGGCUGAGGCAGGUGAACUGCCUUCAGUUCCUAAGUCACAUAAAAAUGAGUCCGAAGAACUGCGUGAUAAAGUUAGGAGAAAGAAGCAUAAAAAACAUCGUAGGGCAAGGACAUCCUGUGAUACCCAGCAAAGCCCACAUUCAAGCAUUGCCUCAUACCAGUCAGAACCACAGGAGCAGGAAUCCCUGCUUUCUGUGGAUCUACAAAGGGAAAUUCCGGAACUCGCGGUAUCUGUUGAAAAAAAAAAGUCUAAGAAAAAAAAAAGGGAGAGGCUUUCAGGUAACCCAGGGUUUGAGGCAUUGACCAUGCCUGAGAGUCUUGAGAACAAGUACUCUGAAGGAUCGCAACUGAUCAGUGAGAUUGGUGCUGCAGAAGGUAGUGAGGCCCUUGAAGAGAUCAAGGAAUCCAACAGCACAAAAACAAAGUCUAAGAAAAGGAAGCAAAGGUCUCCUAUUGAAAGUAUUGUCAGCUCUGAUGCUAAUUUUUCAGUGCUCAAUACGAGCUCUGAGAACAGACACGUAGACCUGGAACAAGAUAAUUCACUGGCAGGUGAGGGCACCUUGAUUGAAAAAAGUAUGAAACCCAGGAUAAAAAAGAAGAAAAUCCAGUCCUGUUUAGAAGAGGAGUAUGUGGAAGAGGUGCAGAGGUUAGAAUCUACAAAUGAAGAAGAAAGCAAUUUGGAAUCAGCUAGACAUUCCGAAACGUACUUAUCUGAAGAGUUAAGAGAUUCAGAUGAUUCAGAUGUGGAUUUGGGCUCUGCUGUGAAGCGACUUCAAGAAUUUAUCCCUGAUAUAAAGGAAAGGUCAGCCACUACAAUUAAGCGAAUGUAUCGGGAUGACUUUGAACGGUUUAAAGAAUUUAAAGCUCAAGGUGUUUCUAUUAAAUUUGGCAAGUUUUCUAUAAAAGAGAAUAAACAAUUAGAGAAAAAUGUGCAAGAAUUUCUGGCGAUGACAGGAAUUGAGACUGCAGACAAGCUGCUGCACACUGACAGAUAUCCAGAGGAGAAAUCGAUGAUCACUGAUUUAAAACGAAAAUACGCAUUUAGAUUGCACAUUAGUAAGGGCAUUGCUCGACCUUGGAAAAUGGUGUACUAUAGAGCAAAGAAGAUGUUUGAUAUCCAUAAUUACAAAGGGAGGUAUAGUGAAGCAGAUACUGAGAAGUUAAAGCUAUACCAUUCCCUCCAUGGAAAUGAUUGGAAAAAGAUUGGUGAGCUGGUGGCCCGGAGUAGCCUCUCUGUGGCCCUAAAGUACUCCCAGAUCAGCAGUCAAGUAAAUCAUGGUACUUGGAGUAAGACGGAAACCCAGAAACUAGUCAAGGCCGUUGAACAAGUGAUUCUAAAGAAGAUGUCUGCCCAGGAGUUAAAGGAGAUGGACUCUAGGCUCCAGGAAAAUCCUGAAGGCCGCCUGUCAAUUGUUCGGGAAAAGCUCUACAAGGGCAUAUCUUGGAUAGAAGUAGAAGCUAAAGUAGAAACAAGAAAUUGGAUGCAGUGUAAAAGUAAGUGGACAGAAGUUUUAACCAAAAGGAUGACUUAUGGUCAGCAUGUGUACCGGGGAGUCAAUGCCUUGCAGGCCAAAAUCAACCUUAUUGAAAGGUUGUAUGAAAUAAAUGUGGAAGAUGCUAAUGAAAUAGAUUGGGAAGAUCUUGCCAGUGCUAUAGGGUAA